AUGCCUUCCUCCUCACGACGCCCUUGUUUCAUUGGUGCCUCACUUGUUCAUUACUGUCCUCUACUCACGCAAUUUGUUUCUCCGGCAAAUUCUACUCGGUAUUUUAAUAUUGUUUGUCAUUAUCCGCUGCUUAUUGGAGAAGAUUUCGAUCUUUCCAGUUUUGGGUCCAUCUUCGUUGAUUUUCUCACUCGUCAUCGUCUCCUAUGGUUGGUUCAAGUUCCAGAUUCCAUUCCACGCCUUCAUCUUGUAAAUAUCCUUUAUGUUUCUCAACCCGAAGUUCUUCCAACAAAGCCCUCUUUAGGUAUGAUGUCCCAAUGGACUUGCACCCUCAUUUGUAACUUCUUGAAUCUUACUUCCCAACAUGGAAAAGUGAGUUGGAAGGUUGCCUAUCUUCUCUUCCAGCUUGUGAUUGAUCACUCCUUUAGUGUAGAGUUCUACAUCCGUGAUAGCAUCACCACUACUGGUGCCACCAAUGCCUCUGUUAGUGUAGAGUUCUCAUCGCUCUUGCUGCUCAUGUUGGUGUUCUUGUGCUUCAUACGGAUGACAUUGGCUCUUUCAAUUCUAUCAAAGUAA